AUGUCACCCAAAAAAGUAGCCAUCAUCGGAGCCGGCCCAUCCGGUCUGGUGACGGCAAAGACCCUGCUGCACAACUUCCCACAUGGAACAUUCGCUCCAGUGGUUUUUGAUAGUCGCCAGGAAAUCGGCGGUCUCUGGCCUUCCCCGGCCCGCGCAAAGGCCCGAGACGCGAAGGCGCAUGACCCUGUGUCGCUGGAUCCGUGGAUGCGCACCAAUCUGAGCCGGCUCACGGUUGCUUUUUCCGAUCUUUCGUGGGAGUCAGUUAUUGAUGAUGGCAAUCUGCCUAUGUUCCCGCAGGCUCGGCAGGUUGGACUGUACUUGGCGACUUAUGCACAGCGCUAUAUUCCCACAGAGGCUCUCCGACUGGGAAGUCGUGUGAAGCGGACAGAGAGAAUUGUAAGGGCGCACUCUCCGACUCAGUGGAGGGUCUCGUGGACGCAGAGUGGAUCAAACAAUCUUCACAACGUCGAACAAGGCCCCGCAAAUCACGAGCAAUCAGAGGACUUUGAUUACCUUGUCGUGGCAUCUGGCUAUUUUGCUCGCCCUUACAUCCCAGACAUCCCAGGGCUAGCACACUUCCAAGGACGAAUUGUCCAUAGUUCGGCCCUUCGCAAAGGCCAUGACGAAGCAAAGGACAACGACCUCGCUCGGGGUAACAUUGCGGUUCUCGGAGGUAGUAUGUCUGGCGUUGAAGCUGCAUCCGCAUUUGCGCUCCAUCGCUCCUCCAGACAUGAGUGCAAGGAUACGGCAAAAGCUGCCUUAAAAGACCCCGCAGACCGCGCAAUCUACCACAUAUCCUCCCGGCCAUUUUGGACUUUGCCGACCUACCUUCCACAGAAGGCGUCAUCAAAUGAGGGAGUCGCGUUUCUUCCCCUUGACUUGGCAAUGUACGACUUGGAUCGCCGGCCUCCAGGCACGAGGGAUUACACCAUUGGGCCUAUUCCAGAAGAAAAGGCAGCCACGACAAAUGUAUACUUUCAAUCGAUGCUCGGCAAUGAAUACGAGAACCUCGCACACGUGCAUCUAGAUAACCCACAACAAAGAUCUCGUCCUCCUUGGGUAGCAAUUGGGAACGACUAUGCUGGGUAUGUUCAGUCAGGCACGAUCAAACCCAUGAUGGGUCGGACGGUAUCCAUACACCCAGGCCCCGAUGCAACACUGGCAUCAGUGAGGAUCGAGACCGCCAACGGUGAAUCGAAGUUACUCGAAAACGUCUCUUCGAUCGUGAUGGCCACCGGAUUUACCCCAUUCGAGUCCCUAUCAUUCCUCCCCGUCGACGUCUUAUCUGCAUUAGAAUAUACCACGGACGACUCAUUUCUUCCACUCGUUCUAGACCAGGGCGGCACGCUCCGUUCCGAGAUCCCAGACGUAGGCUUCGUCGGAUACUAUCGUGGUCCGUACUGGGGAGUCAUGGAGAUGCAAGCGAGGUUUCUCGGCAAGACAUGGACACAGACCAAGGAUGCGUCUCCAACGACAGAGCCCCAGAGAUCGAGUAUACGUCUUCUGAGACAGCCGUCUACGGAGCCUAGACGCGGUCAAUUUCCGAUGGGCGAUUAUGUCGGGCUCAUGGAAACAUUUGCCAAGGUUCUUGGGAUCAGACGGACAGAUCUUUCAGAUGGAGAUGGAGGAUCUGGACCUGUUGUUCCUGCUCGCUAUGUUUUUGACGAGACUUCAGCUACAUCCGAAGAAAAGGAUGCAAGGAAUAAAGAGAUUCAAACUACUUUGAGCUCCCUGCGAGGAAUCUUCAAUAGCCGGGUACUUGGUAUUUCAGACUCAGAUUCUCAGUCAGCCACAUAUCUGGCUAUUUUCAGAGCUCUACAUGGAAGGUGGAUAUCAACGACGACUCGGCGGGAUUUUGUCGGCGAAAUAUAUGGGGCUGUGGCUUUUGAUCCGAGGUAUCCAUCAGACCCUGCAUAUGACAGGGAGUAUGUUUGUGAGGAGCGCCUUGACUCGGAGUCUGCCGGCAGCGGAGCGACUCCACUCAGCCCUACUUUGACAAUCUGGCGUCUGUCAGAAGCAGGAGGUGACAGCGGCUCUUUCGUUCAGAUAUCUCCCAUGGACUUUGCGUUGUCCCAGGAUCAUCGCCAGCUGAGAUUCUCCUCCCAGGAGAUCGGCAGUGACAGAACCACCUCAGAUACCUCCAGAAUAGACCUUGCUGGUGCCCGUCCACCCGUGUUCAGUCUGAAUGACAGUCAAUACGAAUACACGUUCUGGUUUGAUGGAGUCUCCAUCUCUAGCUGGGAACGGUCUCGUAUCAACAAUGAAUCAGACCCAAUCGAUUCCACCACGCGGACAGUGUACACCAGAAUCUAG